ACAUUGCACUUGGCGGGACGCAGGAGAUACAAACAUUUCACGUGUAGAACCACAGAGUAAUGACAACAGCCGUCGGUAAUGUAUAAACCAGCGAAAACGACCGUAGACAGGAAGCGUCCUCCGCCCGUUAAAGUUUUGUCCAGCCAGCUGAGAACGGCGGAGAGCCAGGGGACGUCUGGCAGCGGAGACGGCUAUGUUAUCAGACCGGGCAAGGGUCGCUCUCUGCCGGUGUCACUGGUGUGGAUGCAGGGAACUGUGCUGGAGGCUCAGCUCGACCGAAACACCGUGCUGCUGAUGGAUGAAACGGGGACGUUUGCUGUUCAGGGCGUCAACAACAUCCCCAAGGGGAAGCCGUGUUUGUCCCAAGGCAAGUAUGUCAUGGUGAUGGGUGUCAUCCAGGCCAUCUCCCCGGAGCCAGUCAUCCGCGCAGUGAAGAUGGCAGACCUCUCGGAGCUCGCCGCGCUUCACAGACAGAUGUGGAAGCUGGAGGUGGAGGACCUGCAGCAGGUGCUGGCCUGAAUGCAGAGCUGCUAGUGGCGGGUUGACCUGCUCCUUUCAUGUGUGUCCAGCUGGCUGAGCAGUAUAUAUAAGUGAUUGCUGACAAAUGGGAAAAACUACCUCAUUGGACUGAAGAGAAGAAUCUCCAAGAUGUCAGGUUUGGCUGGGAGGUAGGAUUCAGGGGUGACAAAGACUUUGACGUGGUAAAUACAGACUUUGUGUGUAUUUUGAUGAUGGAAUGUGAUGCAGAAAUAAUAGAUGUUUUUCUUUCCUGCUUGGCCCCUGCUCAGUGUCAUAAGGAGCCAGAGUAUUUUUACUUUGACACUGCUAAUACUAUCUACAAUGUGGGACUUUUGCUUGUAAGGGGGUAUUUUUACAAUGUGAUAUUACUGCUUUUACUUAAAGAUGUGAAUAAUUGGUGACAGUUCUUCCACUGCUGGUUACAGAUGUGUAGUUAAUAAAACACAAAAGUUUAAGCACAGGU